UUCGCAGGUACAAUUCUGCAACUCCUCUUCGCUUACUUUCUAUCAGGGAAAAACCCUAACCCUAGUUCUUUAGCAUUAGUGUCUUUGCGUUCUGAUGUAAUGUGUGCCACCGCGAUGAGAAAACGGGGAAAUCGUAUGUUAUCGACUUCUACAGAGGAUCGACAGUUCCGAGCUUUAGAAUUGUUCAAGGUUCAGAUUUUUUAAUUGGUAUUACAGAAUCUUGUGAUUAUUUAUUUUGAAAACAUUGCCGUCCUCGUGUUUGUUUAGUUGGUCUCAAUGGAAACCCUAACUCCUAUCCCGAUCCUCCCUAUGUUCUUUUCAAUGUUUCUCUCGAUCUAUCUCGUCGCCUACUAUAUCGUUUUCCGUAACUGGAGCCCAAAACACCGCACUGAAGCCUCCAGCUGCCUCAUCUCUCUGGCUCAUGGCACUCCUGCUGUUGUCUUGGCCACUUAUGCUAUAGCAACACAAUCUCCUCGUGGCUUUGCUUCUCCAAACACCAGUUUCCAGAAUUUGGUACUUGAUUUCAGCAUUGCUUAUUUCUCGAUGGAUCUCGUUCAUUAUCUCAUUUUCUUCCCAAACGACAUCCUCUUCAUGGCUCAUCAUUUGGCAACUCUCUUCGUAUUUUUGACAUGCCGAUACAUGGUUUUCCAUGGGGCAUUCGCCAUUCUCGUUCUUCUCGUCCUUGCAGAGAUCACCAGUGCUUGCCAGAAUACGUGGACACUCGCCAAUGCCCGUAGAGCAGAUGUGCCUGCCGCUGCCAAACUGUACAAUUUCUUGUCUCCUCCAUUCUAUGCCUUCUAUUCUGUUGUUAGAGGGAUUGCUGGACCACUCUUUAUCUAUGAGAUGGGCGUCUUCUAUUCAAGUGGAGCAGCAGAUGCUGUGAUACCAAGGUGGAUUUAUGUUUCUUGGAUGGUUGUGGUUGUAGUGGCAAUUUCUGUUAGUAUGUUAUGGAUCUCAAAUCUUUGGGUGGAGCUUUACAGAGAAAGAACUGUCAGAAUGGAAAAGAAAGUGAGAUGAAAGAUGCGGCUUUUCAGUUAUCUUUGCCAACAAUCCUUGACGAGUUUCGUAUCGGAAUGUCAACUUAUUGGUUCUUCUCUCAUGCUAUGUCAAAAAUGAAAACAAUUAGCUACAGAGUUCAUGACAAUGGAUUUAAACUUUUGCCUAACUUUGUAUCCUCAGCACAAUUUUUUGCUGUAAUGAAAUGUAAAAAACCCCAUCUUUUCUCAACUACCAAGUAAUAAAAGUUUAUUUCCUCUGUAACCUAUAUUUUCUCGGUAAAAAUUAUGUUGUACAGAAUUGGCAGUUUUUCAUAA